CAAAUCAAAGCCAUCCGAGUUUGGAAAAGAGGGAUGUGAUUGUAGCAAAUGGAUACGGUGGUGAUCAAAACUCCUUAAAAAGCAUAGAAAGAUGUGUGAGCUCUGCACGGGAGCCUAACAGCAACACGUGGAAGAGACGCGCUCAAGUUUCCUGAUCACAGCGACCGUCGGAACAAAGCCCGGGUUUGAGCGAUGUGUGGUGGAUUAUUGUUGUUAUUAUUAUUAUUAUGAGCGGCCAUGGCGUGGUGUGACCGUGGGAUUCAGAUGCUGCUGGCCUCCGUCGGGGCUUUCGUGGCGUUCAGUUUGAUGAGCAUCGCGAUCGGGACCGACUACUGGCUUUAUUCUCGCGCAUACAUCUGUAACGCCACCAACAUCAGCACGGACGAGACGCAGAGUCAAGCCAAGAAGAUGCGCGGAGAUCUCACGCACUCCGGGCUCUGGAGGAUCUGCUGCAUAGAGGGUCUCAACAAAGGAAGUUGUUACCGAAUCGAUCAUUUCCCAGAUGACAAUGAUUACGACACUGACAGCCCUGAAUAUCUCUUACGUAUUGUGCGCGCCUCCAGUGUGUUCCCCAUCCUUAGUACCGUUCUGCUGUUUCUGGGAGGGCUGUGUGUCGGUGUAGGACGCAUCUACAGCAAGUGGAACAACAUAUUACUCAGCGCUGGGAUACUAUUUGUGGCAGCAGGUUUGAGCAACAUCAUCGGUAUUAUCGUCUACAUCUCCAGCAAUGCUGGUGACCCCAGUGACAAACGAGACGAAGACAAGAAGAACCAUUACAACUACGGUUGGUCAUUCUACUUCGGAGCACUCUCUUUCAUUGUAGCUGAGGCGGUGGCCGUUAUGGCUAUCAAUAUAUACAUUGAGAAGAACAACGAAGUACGGUUCAAAGCACGCCGUGAGUUCAUCAAGUCUACUUCGUCCUCUUCACCGUAUUCUCGCAUGCCCAGUUUUCACCACCGUCGACGGCACUCGCGCUCCAGCUCUCGCUCAACGGAAGCAUCUCGUGAGGCAUCACCAGUGGGCAUGAAGAUGAUGAGCUCGGUUCCCGUUGGAGAAAUCAACAUGUACACAUUGACAAGAGACCCUCUCAAGUCAGGGACAGACAGCUCCUAUAGCCCAGAGCACGAUUCAGGAUUCCUCCAAGUGCACAACUGCUUUCCCAAAGACCUUAAUGAUGGUAUCAACAGGAGGACAACACCUGUAUGAGGUUGCAUACUGGAACAGAAGAGAUGAAGUUGCCACUGUGGCAGAUGCCAGUGGAAGGGAUACUUAUUGGUGAAGCCUGUUAACCAGUGACAUCUCUCAUCAGUGAAGGAGAAGCACUGUGUUAAGCGGGAAAGGUUUCAUCUUGACAUUCAACAACCAUUGCGAACACGGUAAUUUGUGUUUCUUCUUGUGUUGCUCCUCACAUUUCAACAGGAACUCUCAGAGAGACCCAUCUCUCAUCAAAGGUCAAGUCAUGCAAAUGUAAAAUGGAGAGUCUUUGGCAGUGCUUCAGAUAUUAAGGACUUUGAGUAAGCCAGUCCAUUCCCUUGGUUAAUAAAUAUCUUUUUGUUCGUCAGUACAGUGCCAUAAUCUUAAUGUAUACCAAUGUGAUAAUGACUCUCACAGUAUUUAGAUGGUGCUAAUGUAGGCUCACAGCUGAAGCCUUCCCAUUCUUGUGUGUUCAGUACAGACUCGAGCUGAAUAUUGAAUGCCCUUUUCUGUGUUAUAUGUUUGUUGCCGCAGUUGUCUAACCCUUUUCAGUGUGCCUAUCAUCUUGGCAGUGUCAACUGCUCAGACUUUUUCUGGAGCCACUUUGCAACAGUGCAAAACUGUGUUCCUCUGUUUCCGUUGUUGUAAAACUGGAAAUAUCAGUUGAAUUACUAAAUAAUCACUGGGAAAAUUUAGUUUAGUAGAUUUAUGACUACUAAUUGCGUAUAAACUCCCUGCUGAAAAGACCAGCUUGGAUUUUCAUGAUGUUCAGUUGUUAAUUAUAUGGAGAAGCGUGGCUGGGAUAUUUCUUUAACGAAUUAGUAUCUUAAGUGGAUAGAGUAUGAGCAAACAUUAACAUUACUUUGGGGACAUCAACCAAAAAGGACAAUUAUUUCAGCUGCAUUUUUAAAAAAAGAUUACAAAGGCUUUAAACAAUUAUAAAGAAAUGUUUUCAUGUGCACUGAUGAGUCAUGCAGUAGAAUGCACAAUAAGCCUAGAGGUUACGCAAGUAAAUUGGGUCAGUUUUGAUUUCAUGUUGUGUUUAAGCUAGAUCAGAAGUCUUAGGUUUAGAUUCCAGGGUUCCUUGCUCAGCACCAGCAUUCAAAACACAUCAUGUGAUGGUGACCAGCUCUCUAAUGGUCUCUUCAGCAGGGAAGUAAAGCAGUAUUCAACAGGCCUCAAGUUUUAUGCUCUCAUUUCAGAUUCUGACUGCCAUUAAUAGUAGUUCAACAAGUGUCAGUAGUUAACCAGCCAGUGUCGUUGUUUUCCAUUGUGAAUCAGUCAAAGCCUUCAUCUCCAUUGGGGGGGUUUCACCUCCACUAAAGCUCGGCCUUUGCCUGAAUGUGGGUUACAUAGAGCCACUUCUUCUUGUGAAUUUGAGUGAUUGCAGUGCAACAUCUGAAUGGGGCAUCUUUGGGGAUCUGACAUUGUUGGAGUCCACUGAUAAAAGGAGUGCUGAGAGAUGUUAUACAUUUGGAAAUGAAAGAAAGUUUUGAGUCGGUCAGCCCUCGGAAGUAUUCCAGUGACAGCUGAUAAGUAUCUAGGGCAGAGCAGUAUGAAAGACAUCAGUGUGGCCGAUCCAGCCUUUUAGAAGACCAUUCGAAGUGUCUUAGCCUCACCAGAGCCUUAUGCCUGGAUUUCUCUUUGAGUCGACAAUAUAACCUCAUCUCUUCUCUGUUGCUGCUGUUUAUAUGCUCCCAUCUAGAUCCUAAGUGAAAAAUCUAUCGCUUUUUCCCACCAAGGGCUGCAUUAUCCAUGUGAGCGGUCAAAUCAGGGUCGCUAAUAGUGUUUCCUCACAAAAGGAGAGGUGGCAGAUGUAAAUCUCUGGUAUGUGUUUCACUGAAUUGAAGCAUUUACAGCUACCUUUUCUUAGUAAAGCCAUUCUGACAAGCUUUUGAGCCAUGGCUCUUUGUAGAACGGCGCGUGGUGGGAAGAUGUAAACGUUUGUUGCAUGUUUUUCUCUAACCCAUUGACUUUGUGUGCUUUUCACAGUAUUAUUAACAGGAUGACUCCGGGAUGCCUCACUGCCAAGCAUCUCUCACUAUAAAUACCUGUAAUGUUCUCUGUGUUCAUCUUGGAAGGCGUUUUUGUCCUUCUGGUUUUCUUUCUGAUUUGCUAAUGUUGUUCUCAGUAUUUCUCUGUACCACGGACAAAGUCAGCAUAUCCUUGCUCACAUAAAUACAUUUAAUUGAGGAACGGUGUCUCGCUUAUGCAUAAGUGCUUUGUUAUGUGACUUUUGUGUUUUGUAACAGGACUGGGAAUAAUCUUACAAAUUAAACAGCCUAGCAGCUGUCUGUAUUUGCAAAAUAAAGCAAUUAGAAAAGCA